ACACAUUUCAUCGAUAAUUGCAACUGUAAAUUUAUCAAUAUGUCACUUAAGGUCAUCGUUGUUCUUGCUGCCUUCGUCGGUUCGAUUGCUGCCCAGCACCAUCAGCUUCAGCAUCACGAGGAAGAGCACCAUGGACCAGUUCAUUACGAAUUCAACUAUGACAUCCAUGACGAUCACACCGGGGAUGUUCAUGGACGCAAGGAGGCUCGCAAGGAUGAUCAUACCCAGGGAGAAUACUAUUUGAUUGAUGCUGAUGGUCACAAGCGUACCGUUACUUAUCAGGUCGAUGGCAAGAGCGGAUUCAUCGCACAGGUUCAUCGUGAACCAAUCAAGGGACACCAGGCUCCACAACAGGUGCACAAAAUUUUGGCUCCAAUUCAUAAGGUGUUGGCUGUACCAGUUCAUCAUGGCCACUACUAUUAA